UGCAAUCCUCCAGCUUGUCUGAGUUGUUGCGACAGAGUUGAGCUGUUUGAAACUCUGGCGUCUUCAAGUAACUAGAAUGUAUCUGUCGAAUUAGACCCCGAGGAGUGAUCUUCAACAGGGGCCUCUGCAGGAAUGGAGAACGGAGGCUUAAUGAAUUUUGACUAUGGGGAGGCAUUGUGGGAGAAUGCAGAGAAGAACCGCUACAUCUUAUGCCGUUUCAUCAACCCCAACAAGCUAACCUCAUAUCUGCGGCAAUGCAAGGUCAUCGACGAACAAGACGAAGACGAGGUGCUCAACUCGCGUCUGCUAGAGUCCAAAGUCAACCGAGCAGGUCGGUUGUUGGAUAUCCUGCACACGAAGGGAGAGCGAGGCUAUGUGGUUUUUCUAGAGAGUCUGGAGUUAUACUACCCUGACCUCUACAAACUCGUCACGGGGAAGGAGCCCACUCGCAGAUGUUCCACUAUAGUCGUGGAAGAGGGCCAGGAAGGACUCAUCCAGUUCUUAAUGAACGAAGUCAUAAAACUACAGCAGCAGUCCAAGGCUAAAGACGUGCAGCGAGUGGAUAUCUUGUCCAAAUGUCGCACACUAGAGGAUGACUCCAAGAAGCUACGGCUGGCCAACCGGGAGUUGCUGACUUUCCAGGAACGCUACAAUAAGAUGAAAGAAGAGCGCAAUAACUAUAAUGAUGAACUUAUAAAGGUGAAGGAUGACAACUAUCAGCUGGCCAUGCGGUACGCUCAGCUCAGCGAGGAGAAGAAUAUGGCCGUGAUGAGGAGCCGAGACCUUCAGCUUGAGAUUGACCAACUAAAGCACAAAUUGAACAAGUUGGAUGAGGAGUGCAAAAUGGAGAGAAGGCAAUCUCUGAAAUUGAAGAAUGACAUUGAGAACCGGCCUCGGAAAGAGCAGAUAUUUGAGCUGGAGCGGGAGAAUGAGGUCUUGAAGAUCAAAAUCCAGGAGCUGCAGUCCAUCAUACAGCCCGGUCCUCUGCCUGAUUCAGACAAGGCCAUCUUGGAUAUCCUGGAGCAUGACCGACAGGAGGCUCUGGAGGAUCGUCAGGAGUUAGUCAACAGACUCUAUAACCUGCACGAAGAGGUCCGACAGGCCGAGGAGCUUCGGGACAAGUACCUGGAAGAGAAGGAGGACCUUGAGUUAAAGUGCUCCACGUUGGUGAAGGACUGCGAAAUGUACAAGAACCGCAUGAAUACAGUCAUGGUGCAGCUGGAAGAGGUGGAACGUGAGCGGGACCAGGCUUUCAAGUCAAGAGAUGAUGCUCAACACCUCGUGUCUCAAUGCCUGAUUGACAAAGACAAGUACCGCAAGCAAAUACGGGAGCUGGAAGAGAAGAGCGAUGAACUUCAAAUCGAAAUUGUACGCAAAGAAGCCAAGAUAGUCAACCUGGAGUGCAAACUGAGACGGUUGGCCAAGGAAAAUGGUUUGGAUCAGAGUCUGCCACGAGACAUUACUCCACUAAUUAUAGCUCAGCACUUUGGGCAACCUGAUGCAAAUACAGGAGGUCCUUCAGAGGACUCUGGAGAAGAAGCUGUUGAUGAUCAAGAGUUUAAGCUCCAACGCAGAAGUAACCUCAAGGGCAGAAUCAACAGACCAAAAUCUCCAGCAGCUGGACCCAAAAGUCCUCAAUUCCAAGCUGUGCCUUUCACCAAUGGAGAUCUGUCAGAACAUGCAGCCUCUGACAACAACACAAUGAUUUCUCCUGCAGAGAUCUUCUGUAAAAAUCUGCGUCUCCGUAACGACAGCAUCUUGUCCACUGCGCCAGAGCCUCCGGGCCCUCAAUCCAUUGUCAGGAGGAUCAAGGAGAACCCAAACUCUCAACACAGGUGUCUUCCCUGUUCAGAAACCGCAGAUACUGACAGUGGAGACAAUGCCGACAUGGAUGACCACGACUUAGACAUGUCCUCCUACGGGCCUUCAUCCAUCCAUUCAUCUUCGUCUUCCCACCAAUCUGAGACAAUGGACUCGUAUGAUCUGGAGCAAGUCAAUAAUAUCUUUAGGAAAUUCUCUUUGGAGAGACCAUUUCGCCCUUCAUUGACCUCAGGCCCUCAGCGAAACUCAUUGCGGCCUGUGCAGAGCCUUUUUCUCUCUGGUGAAAACCUACUGUCAGAAAUCACUAUGAUUGGUGGAAAUGAUAGUGGCAUCUUUGUGUCGUGCGUCCAGUCUGGCUCUGAUGCAGAACAGGCUGGAGUUAAAGUCGGACACCAUCUUUUAAUGCUGGAGGGAAGUAUCCGUGGAGAAGCCCAGAGUGUGGCUUUGGACACGUGUACCAAGGAAGAAGCUCACUGGACCCUGCAGAGAUGCACCGGACAGGUGCAUCUCCAUUACAAGUCAAACUAUGAUGGUUACAGACGGCUGCUGAAGGAAAUUGAAGAUGGCGUAGUGGUGUCUGGAGACUCCUUCUACAUACGUCUCAAUCUGAACAUCUACAGCCAGUCGGACAGCUGCUCACUGAACGUACGAUGUGACGAGGUUCUCCAUGUUUUGGACACCAUGCACCAGGGCAAAUGCGAGUGGCUGUGCGCCCGUGUGGACGCUUUCACCGACAAGGACCUGGAGAAAGGCACCAUACCGAGCUACUCCAGAGCCCAGCAGCUCCUCUUGGUGAAGAUUCAGAAGCUGAUGUGUCGAGGAGGUCGAGAGGAAGUCGAAACUCUGAGAGGGCUCCGGAACACUCUACAACCUGAGGAACCCACGCCUUCUGUUGACCCCAAGUCUAGUCCACGUCUGUCCAGAGCCAGUGUCUUCAUCUUUCAGUUAUUACAGUUUGUCAGCAGGGUGGAUAACAAGUACAAGAGGUUGAACAGCAGUGAGCGUGUCCGCAUUGUCAAUGGAGGAAAUCCAUCAUCAGUUUCCAGACCAGGUUUUGAAACCCUGAGGUCUGAGGACACAUCUGACCCAGAGAGCGACUUAAACAAGAGCUUGAAUCUGAUCCCUUACAGUCUAGUGACUCCACACCACUGCCAGCGCAAAAGACCCAUCCUCUUCACCCCCAACAUCCUAGCCAAGACCAUCGUCCAGAAGUUCCUUAAUCUCGGAGGGGCUAUGGAGUUCAAUAUCUGCAAACCAGACAUUUUGACAAAAGAUGAAUUCCUCAUGAAACAGAAGAUAGAGCCCAUCAUUUAUUCCAAGGAAAAGCAGGCAGGCACAUAUGAGUGCAUCACCCCAGAAAAUAUCGAAGCAGUUGCCUUUAAGAAUAAGCACUGUCUUCUGGAAGCUGAUCUGAGCUGUGUGAAAGACCUGUUGAGGAGAGAGAUCUACCCCAUCGUGAUCUUCAUCAAAAUCUGUGAAAGGAACAUCAAAAAAUUAAGACGGCUCCCGCUGAAGGUGGACUCGGAGGAGGAAUUCAUGAAGAUGUGUCGCUCCAAGGAGAAGGAGCUGGAGACGCUGCCGUGCUUGUACGCGAGCGUGGAGCCGGACUCGUGGAGUGGGGUGGAGGAUCUCGUCAAGAUCAUCAAGGAUAAGAUUUUUGAGGAACAGAAGAAGACGGUCUGGGUGGAGCAGGACAUGCUGUAACCUGAUCACGGAAGCAAGUUUCUGCACAUCAAAACUCUGCUGCAUGCACACAUGUGCAAACAGACACAGGCUUGCGAACAGGAAGUGACUCUGUCAGAGGCCACAGCUUGGUGAGGUGUGUGUGUGUGUGUGUGUCAAGAAAAGGCACGGUCGAGGAACGGCUCCAUGCGUUGCGCCUGAGGUUCACAUAAUAGGCCGUGGAAAUGUUCUCACCCCUGAGAUUCGCAUCUAUUAUUCUCCUGAAGCGAAGCCGUUGUCAAUAAAACAUUAUCCUUCCCAGCAUUCACCUGCAAUGCUCAAUAUAGUGCUUCAGUUCUAUUCUGGUCGAUUUGUGUAUAACUGUAAAUUCAAUCAGAUGCAAUUAUUGUUGCAGUAUACAGUAUGUACUUUUUAUCUUUGAAGGCACAGUACAUACGUUAAUAUAGUUUGUUUGUCACUUCUAUAUUUAUUUUAAUACAAGCCAGUAGUGUGAUGUGUUUUCAAAGUUAGUCUGUAUACGGAUAACACACGUGUGUUUUUUACUCGGUGCCCAUUUCAGCUGCUACCUAAAUACUCGCAUACUGUAGUUCAAUGGCAUUAUAUGUAUUUACAUGCUGAGCUCAACUUGUUGUUUUUUUUUAAUGUUGGCAUUAUUUUGUUAUCAUAACGAGAGCUGUUUCUGAUUUAAGCCUCAUCCAAAUAUUCUUAUCCGUGUACCGUCUUUACUCUUAGCCAUUUAUACACACCAUGAUUUACGGGUAGCUUACAAAUAAUAGGAUUUUUGCAUUUUAGGUUAAUGUGAAUGUAUAUGGGAACGUUUAUAUUUUAGGUGUUUAUUGUUAUUCACCCGCUGAAUGUAUGAAGUCAUUAAAAACCUCAAGUGUAAUAAUAAUUAUAAAAGAGUUAUGAAGAAAUAAUAUUGAAUGAUUGAUGUCAACUACACUCAUUCUGACCCACAGCAUACAGAUGUGUCGUGUGUAUAAUAUUAUAUAUAUAUAUAUAUAUAUAUAUAUUUAUUGUUGAGAUUGAUGGCAGCCUUAUCACCCAUUUAAUAAAACGAAACAGCAGUGAUUAUCUAAACGAAAGGGUGUGUUUUAGUUAAUGUUUGUGUGGCGUCUUAUCCAGGGGUGUACAUCCUUACUUUGAAGGGUAUCAAUUUUGGAAAAACAAACAGAUUACUAGUAGAACUAUCCUUUCCUAUCAUAUCCCACUCCAAAGCCUUGAUUUUAAUGAUAUAUACAUUUUGUUUUAUAAACGGACACAGGAAUGUACUUUGCAGCUGA